CUAAAUCCUAUUGGCUCUGACGAUUCAUGGGGACGCAGAGGCAUGGCAUUAGUUUGGUUUGGGGUCAUGUAUGUUACUUUUGCGGUCGUUUUUUCACCACUUUGUUGGGAUUUUUUGAGAAAAAGAUGUCAAAACAACAACCAAAGAGAUUUGUUACUGCUGAGGACGCUGAGAGCCUCGUUUGUCCUCAUGAUUCAUCGUCAGAAAGUGAUGAUGAUUACGAGCCACCACUUGCCAGUGUCCCAGGACCUGCAAGGGCCCCACAGCCACCAUGUCAAAAAGCAGAUCGACUAUCGGCUCUAGGACUUUUACAUCCCCAGCCGUUAUGGCAUGUGGCAUGACAGAGAGGAGGAGGACAUCAAACCUGACCCUCUCAGAUUCAUGCCGGCCAGGAUCCCAGGCCCCACAUGUGACACCGGCACAUCAUGGUCUCCCAUCAGCCUCUUCCAGCUUUUCUUUUCAGCAUCUGUUGUCCGAAAAAUCAUUGACAACACAAAUGCCAACGCUGCCAAGAGAAGUGCUCACGGGUGAAGGAUUUUUACAUAUUCCUGGCCAUUAUCGUUUUCACUGGCCUUGUGACCGUACACCACAGGUCUGAUUACUGGAGGAAGAAAUGGCCAUACAACUUCCACUUCCCCAGUGACAACAUGACACGGGACCGCUUUGAGGCAAUUUUGUGGUCACUUCAACUCAGCGACCCAAAAGAGGAUGAGGAAAAUGACAAAAAAAAGGAACGCUGCUGAAUAUGACAGACUUUUCAAGAUAAAGCCCCUCUACGCAGAGAUGGUGAUAGCCUGCAAAGCCUAUUUCCAGCCGUAUCAGAAUCUGUCCAUUGAUGAGCGGAUGGUCGCAACCAAAGCCCGCAACAGCAUGAAACCGUACAAGGACAAGCCCACAAAGUGGGGUUACAAACUGUUUGUGCUGGCUGAUGCGUCGAUAGGCUAUACCUGGAAUUUCUUUGUCUACACAGGCAAAAAUGAGUCCCCCACAGGCCGCGGUCUGAGUUACUCAGCAGUGAUGGACCUUUUGCCUUUUCCUCUCCUCGGUGGCGGCUACACGUUGUACACUGACAAUUUUUACACAAGCCCUGCUCUCUUCACUGAUCUGUACAAAAAGAACAUUGGCUGUUGUGGGACCAUCAGGAAAAAACUAAUUGGCUUCCCUAAGACCCAGACCAACGACCUGCCCAAAACGGCUGAGAGGGGGGACAUACGUUGGCUCCGGAGUGGCAAACUCCUCUUCGUAAAGUGGAUGGACACGAGAGAGGUAACAAUGUGCUCCACAGUGCAUCAGGCCUACAGUGGACAGACAGUGAGGCGAAAUGUGAAGGAGGCUGGGGUGUGGCAAAACAAGUCCAUACCAGUUCCGGACAGCAUCCCGGACUACAAUCGUAGCAUGGGUGGUGUACUGAUCGGAUUUUACAGCGUCCGCCACAAGACGAUGAAGUGGUACAAGACUUUUUUUUAUCACUUUGUGGACAUCGCUGUAGUGAACAGUUAUCUCUUACACAAGGAGCUGUUCAAGUUGAGGCAGGACCCCACCCAGACAAAGCCCUUUAUCCACAAGACCUUCAUGGAGCAGUUGCCCAAGGAGAUGCUGGAGUUUGCUGAAAGCUCAGCAGCCACCCCACCCCCACCCUCCACUGCUUGCAUGCCCAUGUUCUUCAACAACGAGGAAACAAGGGUCAGGAGGAAUUGCAAGAGGUGCCACGAUGCUGGAACGCCCAGGGUGAAGACGGCUGUGUAUUGCAGGAGGUGUAAGGUUCCUCUCUGCUUCACCUCAAAAAGAACUGCUUCCAGCUGUGGCACGAUGGACAGUAACUUCCUGAUGGAUGAGUGGGACUAGUUGGUGUGAAGAAAUGGAUGGCAGGUGGAGUGUGUCGUAGCAAAGCCUCGCUGGAGGGAAAGACCGUCUUGAUCACCGGAGGAAACACUGGGAUUGGCAAAGAAACGGCUGUUGACCUGGCAAAAAGAGGCGCGAGAGUCAUUCUGGCCUGUAGAGACAUGGACCGAGCCAAUAGUGCAGCAGAAGAGGUGAGGAAGAGGAGCGGAAAUGACAAUGUUAUUGUCAAAAAGUUGGACUUGGCGUCUCUGCAGUCAGUGCGACAGCUAGCCAAAGAAGUCCUCGCAAGUGAAGAGAGGCUGGAUGUUCUCAUCAAUAAUGCAGGUAUUAUGAGCUGUCCAAAAUGGCAAACUGAAGAUGGCUUUGAAAUGCAGUUUGGUGUGAACCACCUGGGCCACUUCCUUUUAACAAACUGUCUGCUGGAUCUCCUGAAGAAGUCGACUCCGAGCCGCAUCGUCACUGUCUCCAGUUUAGCCCAUGAAAGAGGUCAAAUCUAUUUUGAUGACAUACAUCAGGAGAAAGAUUACCUCCCUCGGAAAAGCUAUGCACAGAGUAAACUAGCUAAUGUCCUCUUUUCAAGAGAGCUGGUGAACAAGCUGCAAGGUACUGGAGUAACGACAUACAGCCUCCACCCUGGUAUCAUCCGGACUGAGCUUGGUCGACACUUCUGGCCCAAAAUUCCCCUGUGGAAGAGAGUUCUGUUUACACCACUCAUGUUCCUAAUCAAGACUCCAACAGAAGGAGCUCAGACCACCAUCUACUGCGCUGUGGAGGAAAGCCUGCAGGACGAAAGUGGACUCUACUACAGCGACUGCGCCCCUAAAAGCGCAGCCCCUCAGGGUCUGGAUGAUGAAGCCGCCAAGAAGCUGUGGGAUCUGAGUGCCUCUAUGGUUGGUCUGACAUAAUCACAGUGACAUCGGUGGUGAUCGUCAUCAUCUUCGUAGUAACAACGGACUGCCUGAGGAGGGACUGGUGCUCUUUCUAAUGAGCAUCUGUGCGGCUGCUAGCAGCUGAGCUCCUACUUAAUGUGACAAAUGAGUAAACAGACAGAAAAUCACAAGUGAUAGACAUUUAUUCAGAAUAUACAACAAACUACUUGCAAAAAUACUAUGGAUUUAAUUAUGUUUUCUUUUUCUUAAACAGAAGCAAUGCUUCACAGGUAAGUUACAUGGAAGCUGUAUGAUCUUUAGUUUUGAUUGCCAUUAGCGUGAAAUGACAUUUUAAUUGACAAGUUUCACCAAUGCCUGUGUUGACUAAGGGCUCGAAUGUCAUUCUUUGUUACUUGAUUUCAUCAUAUAAGAAUUAUAUUUGAAGGUUUUUGUAACACUGUUGAUAGCAACAUUUCAUUUUUUUCCCUCCUGGGCAAUAAAGUGCUGUUAUACAUAGCCCAUCGUUUUACCUGUUUGUUAAGGCAUAUUUUUCAUUCAUUCACAUCACAUGUAUUCAUUCUGUUCCAUGUGAGACCAACAAUAUUGAAAUAAAACACAUUUUGGUUACAUCAUCAUGAAUUAAAA